UCCAGGAUGUGUGCUGUGUUUGGUGGUAUCUAUUGUCUUCGCCAUCCUGUGCGGUGCCUUGUAGUGGACAAAGAAUCUGGACGAUGCAAAGCUAUUGUGGAUCAUUUUGGACAAAGAAUAAGUGCUAACUACUUCAUUGUGGAAGAUAGUUACCUUUCAGAGAGCGUAUGCACAAAUGUGUGUUACAGGCAGAUCUCCAGAGCAGUGCUCAUUACUGAUCAGUCUGUACUAAGCACAGAUUCAGAGCAGCAGGUUUCCGUUUUGACAAUGCCUCCAGUGGAUCUAGGAAGACCAGCCGUUUGCGUCAUUGAGUUGUGCUCCUCAACCAUGACGUGCAUGAAGGACACGUAUUUAGUCCAUUUAACCUGUCCAUCAACUAAAACUGCUCGGGAAGAUUUAGAGCCUGUUGUACAGAAGUUAUUCAAUCUAAAUGCAGAAAAAGAGAUUGAAAAUGAAGAACUGGAAAAACCUAGAGUCCUCUGGGCUGUCUACUUCAACAUGAGAGAUUCUUCAGGAAUUGACAAAAAUUCAUAUGAUGGCUUACCCUCAAAUGUUUAUGUCUGUUCCGGACCAGACUCUGCUCUAGGAAAUGACUGUGCUGUCAAACAG